ACUAAAAAAAAGGUCAAGGUCGUACAUAUGUAAACAAUUCUUCCGAUGCCCGAUUAGACAAACAUUUCUUAUAAAAAGUUUCGAUACGAUGUCAUCUAACGCUAUUUAUUGAAAAUGUGGAAAAAUAGGUAUUAAAUGAAGUGCAGCGCAAUUUUUUUAGGAAAAUCACAGUGCCACUGGUAUUUAGGCCUCUCUCUCUUCCGGUGUUUACAGAUUUCCGCCAAAAACUUGAAAAUGACAACAAAGCUGAACUUAGUUGUAGCUGCUUGCAAUGACUUGGGGAUCGGGAAAGAUGGACAGCUACCUUGGAGAUUGAAAAAAGACAUGGAAUUUUUCAAGAAAAUGACAACACAGACAGACAAUCCAGACAAAAAGAAUGUGGUCAUAAUGGGACGAAAAACAUGGAAUUCCAUUCCGGAGAAAUUCCGUCCCCUACCAAAGAGAAUCAACAUCAUUCUUAGCAAAACCAUGAGCCAUGCACCUACUGGGGCCUAUCUGGCCGGGAGUUUGGAGGAGGCCAUUUCCAUGGUAACCGACAAAGGUGACCUAGCAGACAAGGUGGAGGGGGUCCACAUCAUUGGAGGGAGCUCUGUCUAUAAGGCGGCCAUGGAAUCGGACUUUCCCUGUAGGAUUUACCUGACAAGAGUCCUGGCGGAUUUUGACUGCGACACAUUUUUACCGCAGAUAGACUCAAAUGUCUUUAAAAAGAUUGACAACUGUAAAGAAGUGCCAGAAGGGACAGUGACGGAAAAUGACAUAGACUUUGUGUUUGAAGUGUAUGACAAGAUACCUGGACAUAAUACCAUAGCAGAGCCCAACGCUUUACGGAACCAAACACGGAUGGACAAGGGGGAUUAUCCGGGAUUUUAUGUGAUGGCCGCAAUGUGCCAAGGACGCGGUAUCGGAUACAAGAGUCAUAUACCGUGGCCACCGAUAAAAGAGGACUAUUACUAUUAUAUGGAACUGACAUCACGAGUGACGUCACCAGACAAAAAGUGUGUGAAUAUUCAAGGUAGAAAAACAUGGGAAGGAACUGGCUCACAGCAAAAACAGCGACAGUCUGUGUACAACAUAGUUAUAACGAGAGAUGAAGGACGCAGAGAAGAGUUAUUAAAAGACCCGGAUGUACACAACGUGAUGACGUCACUUGAUAACGCUAUUGAAUUCAGUCUCGCUUUAGAGAACCGUGACCAGUUCGAAUCCGUUUGGGUUAUGGGGGGCCAAGUGUUCUUUGAGGAGUCGUUACGACACCCUCUUUGUAAAAGAAUCUAUUUGACCGAGAUUCUCCAACAUUUCCCAGCAGACACCUUUUUUCCGCCAAUUGAUGAAGAAACUUAUAAGGAAGUCAGCCGUUCUGCUGUUCAAGAAAGCAAAGGAUUACAAUUUAUAUACAAGAUUUAUGAACGAAUGAAAUAGUAUAUAAAACAAUGUUUGCGGGUUU